AUGUGGGAGGACAAAUCUUUGAUUCGAGACAGAGCUAGGUCCCUGAAGAAGAUUCUUGACUGGCCCACGGUCAAUGGAGUUUACCUUGUUGGGGCGCCUUCUAAGAGAGCCUUUGCCAUGAACAAGGUCAUCUUGGAUUUGACUGCCCAAUGGUGGACCCCUCAAAGAGAUUAUCCCGAAUCUGUGCAGAUCGCAUUGAUUAGGGAAGAGGAUGAAUGUCUUCUGGACAUCUAUGACACCUUCUCAACCUACUGGGAGGACCCCUCUGCUGGCAGCAGCACUGACAAUGACACUGGUGCAUCGGCACCUGGGGUGGCCCCACCCAUGUUGGCAAUCCUGGAUGGAAGUGUCUAUGAGGUUGAAGAUGAUGAUCCCCCUGUGGUCCCUGUGACUGGUGAUGCAUACAUGGCGCCACCGGCACCUGUGCCUGCUGUGCCUGCUCCCAUGAGCCCUGUGGCCCCGACAUCUUCGGCGACGCCGCCGGCGGAGAGAGAUGAAAUCCUCGCACGGCUGGCUGCCAUCAAGCAACUUGACUGA